AUUUACAACAGUUCAAAAUGGGAGGUUCAUUUUGAUGAGCAAGAGGGCGGGAGAUAGGUGAUUUAACUCACACUCUUGAAAAUUACCCUCACAAAGAACGCAUGGCUCUUUUCAGAAAGGUGGCUCUUUUUGACUGGAACAAAAAUCUCAUAAAUCAGAGUGCUGAACACCAAAAAGAUAUAUCACUAUGAGAAAAUGUGAUGGUUUCAUUGACAAAUGACCUUGGCUUCAGCUCUCCUCAUAUUGCUCACAUUUUGAUAUGUGAAUUCAUUAAAUUUUUGUACCUUAACACGAUAAUGAUCGACAUUGAAAACAGAGAAGGGAAUAAAGCCAAUUUGCCCAAGCUUACCAUUAAUGGAAAGGAUGUUAAAGUCUACAAGGGUCUCUGAGCACCUCCUUACAUUGACCAAGUUUGGGUAAAACUGUAUCCAACUCAGGAGUAUUUCAAUUUUUGAGAAGAAAUCCUAGGAGGAUAUCUAGUCAGAGAAUCUAUUCUUGACCAAACCGUCGACCAUUUCGAGAAGUACCAAAAGACACUGAGGUAUGCCAAUGAAAAUAUGGAAGUGAUUAAACACUACCAGCCAUUAUGGCCAAAGUAUAUUGAAGAAAAGCAUUUUGAAGAGGAUUACAAUGGCUUUGUCUGUCUCACAGUUCCUGAACUUUACUGAACUUUUGAUAUGAUAGAGAACGAAAUUGAGCAAAUCAUUAGCAAGGAGAUAGAGGAACCCAAGGACAGUCAUAAACACCAGGAUAAGAAAGAACCUGAAGAUAGCAAAGGAGAGCCUAAAAGGCACAAGCUUCAUCAUCGUGAAGAACCCUUUUCUCAAGAAGAUAUGAUUUCGAGAAGAGAUUUCAAAAUGGUUCUCAGAAAAUUCUUCAAAACUACACUUGAAGAUCAUUCCAACAUCAAGGAGCAAGAAGUAUCAAGUUCUCUUUGAUCCAUGAUCACUCUGCAAGAUCAAAGCAGUGUUAGACUUGACGACUUCCUCGAAAAUAUGGAGAGAAAGACGAAAGAUAUUAAAGUGCUGUUCACCACCAAGCUUGCCACAAGAUUCAUCAUAAAUAAUUAAGACAGCCGAGAGAUGGAUCAGAGAGUACUUUAUCUACUUAGCCAUCUUGGCGCAAGAUCCUUCUACACAAAAUCAUGCUGUGCCAUCUCACAUCAUCAGCGAGGUUUGGAAGGCCCACUAUGAAUUCUUUGAGAACUACACAAGAGUCAUCUCAAAGUUGUUUUUAGGAAGGCAUAUCUUUCCUGACCAAUUUUGUGCCUCCUAUAUUUCUCCUAAAGACUCAUUCGAGAAGUAUGAAAGUGCACUCAAUAAAUACCAGGAGCUCACUGGGUGAGCUCCGGAGCCAAGGAUCUGGACUCCUCUUGAAGAUUUCAAGAACAACCGGUGUGACAUAAUCAAAAAGAUUGAAGAAGAGGAAAUACUUGGAACUGAAUGUUAUGAAUUUAAGCACUUACAUACACUAUUUAUCACCAUUAAUAUCCGUAGACUGACCUUGGCUCAGUUAGUUCUUAACUACGAUCGGAUAAAAGCUGACCAACCAUUGGAAAAAUAUAGAAGCAUGAAGCGAAACUGCACUUUGAGAGAUCAAGUUGACCAACACAAAAACGAGAGGUUAAGCUCGAUUGAUGCAGGUAAACGCUAUCUCUGGAGAGAGUAUUAUCCCUACUGUAAAAAUGUUUACCAAUCUAAAAAGAUUGAGGAUACAAUGAACUCAAUCUCUAUCAAGUUCAUUAAAGAGCAUGAAACAGAGAUUAAUCAAGAAAUUAAAAGCAAUAUUUUUAACAAGGACUGCCUUAUUUUCAUAUCAAAUCCACUAUCGAAAACUGUACUUUCUCCCAGAGGGUAUAAGGCUGAUCUUUAUCAAGGAAUCACUAAUUAUUGGAAGAGCACAGUCCAACUUGAUAACAUUGAUGACUUAUGUGAUAGCUUCUUUUCAAAGCUAGACUUCUCGAGCAGAGAAGACCAUCUACAAGUUAUUCCCCAAGAAGAAGAUGACGAGAAUGCCAAGAUCCAAGAGAGAGCUGCUUAUUUUUAAGUAAAAAUACCUGAAUUUCUACCUUUUGC